AUGGUACUAUCCAUGUAUGCCCUUUGUUUGAUUCUGCCAUACCAAGCUGCCUUUGACAUGGAUCGGAAAAUCCGUGGUUGGACCCAGGCGAAAAAUUUGUUCAUCGGUUUCUUUAACGCGGACAUCAUCGUGAAUUUGAGGACUGGGUACUACGACCAAACUCUUCGGACAGUGCAACUGGAUUCUUGGAUGGUAGCAAAAAAUUACAUGUUCCACAGUACUUUCUUUGUCGAUUUGAUCGGCUCGAUACCGACGGACAUAUUUUUCUUGGCUCAUUGGAACGAGCUGGUAGUAUUGCGGGAGGUGACCUCGCUGAUAAUAAUAUUCAGGGGAUUUUCCAUGUACUCGUAUACACAUAGGCUAGCCACCUCCUACGACAUAUCGAUCGGGAUUGUGAACAUAAUAAUAUUCAUCGGACUGAUAUUCCUGGCCCUCCACUGGCAGGCCUGCUUCCACUACAUAGUACCACUAGCCGUUGAGUCUCUGGGGAAGCCGAAAGCUCCCGACGAUAGCUCCUGGAUUGCACAAAACAUGCUCUGGGGGUCGACUCCUCAGACGAAAUACCGCAGCAGCCUAUUUCGCGCGGUUGCCAUCUUCACUUGUUCCGGGUUCAACGGAGCUCCUCCUUCCACGAUGGAGGACCAGUACUUGGCCAUCAUCUUCCAGGUGUUGUCGGUCUUCAUUAUGUGCAAGAUGGUCGGCGCGAUGAUGCAGAUAUACAAGACGAUGAACAGCUCGUCCCUCAAGUACCAGGCGAUGACCGCCCAGCUGACUCAGUACAUAAGGCACAAGCAGCUCCCUGUGGAAAACCAGCAGCGAUUCAUGACCUACCACGAGUUUCGCUACCAGCACAACUACUUCAGGGAGUCGGAGAUCCUGAGCACGGUUUCCAGCCAGAUCAGCCAGGAGAUAGGGAUGCACUCGUGCAGGAAGCUGGUCGAGAACGUCACCUUCUUCAACAACUUGCCGAUGUCGUUGCUGGUAAGAAUCGUGGCCCUCCUUCGCUCCGAGAUAUUCCUCACCAACGACGUGAUCGUGCGGGCCAAUCAGCCGGGGGACUGCAUGUAUUUCAUCGCCUCCGGGACCGUCGCCAUUUACACCAAGUCCGGGAAGGAAGUCUGCCACCUAGAGGACGGUGCCCAUUUCGGAGAAAUCGCUUUGGUCAUGCCGGACGAACGUCGAGUCGCGAGUGUCGUUGCUGUAGAAAUUUGCGAACUUUACAGGCUGGAGCGCGCCGAUUUUACUCGGACUAUACACCCUUACCCCAUGCUUUGGGAGCGGAUUAAAAAAAUCGCCAUGGAACGACACGAGAAGACAACGAUUUUGAACGCGCAGUGA